CACUGCCUUCACUGCCUUCACGGCUUCAGACAGUCAAACUGCAGAGGCAGACUGGGCGUGCUGCAGAGCAGUGGAUUUUCUUACAGACUGCACCGAAACCAGUGCAACAGCAUGCUGAGAUUUUAUUGUGCGAAGCGCAACUACUGGUAAUUGUUUACUUGCAUGUUGUUGCCGCGUUAUCCUGUCUAUGUGAUAGACUAGUUCUACUCUAGUAGUGGACGACGAGAGUGUUUACGAUUUAUCUCUAUCGUGUUGGCAAAGCGAAGCUUGUGGCUGAGCCAUUGGCUCAAGCCUUCUUCAUGGCUGCUUGCUCGGAGACUGCAUGGUGAUAGAAGUUCUUACUGGUUCGCACUGACUACUGCCACGCUGCCGGGGCUCUAGUGGCUGCGGGACUAGUAGUCGAGCGAGCGCUAUGGCUGAAGACGAAGAUGCCCAAGCAGCAACGGAUCCUCGCAUGGACUUCUUCGAGGACUACACGAGGCGCACACUCCGGCUGAAAGCAGACAAGUGGGCCAAGUUCAGCGGACAGGAUGAAAACCGUGCAGCCCUCAUGGACUUCUGCGAAAAGGCGGAAAUUCGACAGCUAAUUUUAUCGUUGAAUAGUAGCAGCCAGCUACAAGCUGGUACGGCCUUUCCGUCGCAAAGCAAGACUAAAGCGGUGUACUUCAUCAAGAGAGGCAAAGUGGUGUUGACGAAAGCCAAUAUCAAGACUGACAUAUUGUAUGGAGAUUUGUCCUACUCGCCGCUAGACCACUUGUCAGUGUUGGUGUCAGAUGUUCUGGUACCAUUGCUUAGUAACACGAAGAACCAUGAUGGCUGGCCAGAAGUGGUGACCCAGGAUGUCAAACGGCACGUUCAUGACUUGAAGAACAGUGUGAAUGUGCUCAAUGGCCAGAUGCGCGGACGCACCCUCCUGCCCAUGCCCAUUGGUACCGAGCGCAUAGAAGAAGCUGUUGAUGUUAUUGAAAGUGGACAACAAAUUCAUCUGCACUCGGGUGCCUUCAUCAACAAUGUUGAGACAAUACUCAUCCAGUGGACAGGACUGGUCUAUGAUGAGCUAAUGCGUGAUUCUGGCUCUUCUCUGAAGGAUGAUCCAAACACCAGUCCCCAAGUUGAGAUUGAAUUUUGGAGAUCGAGAACAGCUAACUUGGAAGGCAUCUGGGAACAGUUGAACAGCUACAAAGUACUGCGUAUGAAGGACAUGCUAGAGAUAGCCCAGAGCGCAUACUAUCCUUCUUUCCAUCAGAUGUAUGUGGACGUGGAGAAAGCGUUGGAAGAAGCAGAAGAGAUCAACCUGACUCUGAGACCAAUGAACAAACUACUCGGAAGCAUGGAGGAAGCAGAUUUUCCCGAAACAAUGGCAACCAUUCCAGCUGUCAUGCAUAUGUUGGCAUUGAUUUGGGCCAAUUGCGCCUAUUAUCGCAAACCUGCGCGUAUGGUCAUUCUCCUGCAAGAGAUUGCCAAUCAAGUGCUGAAUCAGUGUCGCACUCACAUUGGCGGAGACGAAAUCAUCCGAGCAGAAGCUGAUGAAGCAGUGGAGAAGAUCUUGGAAAGUAUCAAAGUUUGUGAAAGUGUGGAAGUAGCUUACAAGCAUGUCCAGGACAACAUCGGCGACUUCUUCAAGGAAAACCCAGAUGAUUUGCUCCCCUGGGAUUUUCAGACUGAGAAAGUAUUUGAACGUCUGACUAAGUUCAUUGAACGCUUGGACACCAUGGUGGGCAUGUUUCGUACAAUGCUUGAGUUCCUGAAGUUAGAGAAGAUGGAGGUGUCUGGAUUGAGUGGCAACAUUCACAGCUCAAUGAUACAAGCUAUCUUCACUGAGUUCAAUGAUACCGUGACGGAACUGCAGCAGAAACCCUACGAUGCUCUGGAUCCGGACAGUGAUAUCUACCUUCAGGAGAAUAAGAAGUUCAGAAAUCGCGUACAGGACUGGGAUACCCGUCUUGCUACAAUUGUUUGUCAGAACUUUGAUGAGUGCUCCAGUCCUGACAGUAUCUACAAGUUGAUUGAAAUGUUCGGCACAUUCUUGGAUCGUACAAUCAUUCAUGAAGCGUUUGUUGAGAAGUAUCCAGACCUGAUAAUGAUGAUCAACAUUGAGUUGGAUGUUACAAAGAGGAUCUACGAUCAACAUGAGAAUGCUGUGCGUGCGGAGGCUGAGUCCGUUUCAAACGGUGGUGACGACAAGUCGCAGCCAUUGAAGAUGUCAUUGGUUGAGACCGAUAUGCCACCCGUAGCUGGAAGGCUGAAGUGGGCACAGGAGUUGAAGAGGAGAUUCCAACCUCCUGUGCUGAGGAUGUUCAAGAUCAAAGAGGAAAAAGUUCUGGAGACACAGACAGCACAACUUGUUCAAACCAAGUACAAAGAAAUGAUGGAACUUCUGAACCUUCAUGACGAACGUCUUUUUGACGAUUGGGCAAAGGAUGUGUCUGACAUUUCCACAGCAAAUCUAGAGAAUCCUCUUCUCCUCCGUAACGCGGCUUCAAAGCUCCUCAGUGUCAACUUCAACCCACAGUUGGUGGCUGUCCUACGCGAAGUGAAGUAUUUGAACAUGAGGCUGGAUGUGGAUGAUGAAUCGCAGACCAUUCCGGACAUAGCACAGGGAAUCUACGCGAAGAAUGAAGUGUACCGGCGCUAUCUGCGUAACUUGGACUUGAUCGUACAGUGGUACAACAAGGUCCGGGAAACGGUGUUGGACGUUGAGUUUCCAUUGAUUGAGAAACAGCUACAAAGUGUAGACAAUCAGCUGGAGCGUGCUUUGACCUCACUUUGUUGGACAAGUGAAGAUGCAUGGGAGUAUAUUGAAAAUACUCGAGAAGCUGUCCACAAACUGGAGCGCGAUCUGCAGGCAACCAAGGACAAUGUUGACAAGAUCACUGUCUUGCUUACCAAGUGGAGUGUUUCACCACUUUUUGAACGUCAUGAAGGCAAGAAUAACACCUUGAUUAUCUUGGAAGACCGGGAGAACCGCCUGAAUGCUCGCAGUGAUCUUAUCACAAAAGAUAGUGCUGCUAUUCAUGACCUUAUCAAGAAAAAUCUUGAGCUGUUCAAUGCUAGCGAGGACUGCGCAGAAUGGAGACGUUAUCUACAGUAUGUAGAUGAUCUUAUAGUCGAUGGAUUCUUUAACAGCAUUGAUAAGUCCAUCUCCUUCUUUCUGGAGCACACCAGUUCUGAAGGACUAUCUGACGGAGCAUCCCGUACACCACUGUUUGAGGCGAAAAUGGAGCUCAUUCAACCCAGCAUCGUCUUCACACCAGAACUGGAGGCUAACUCUCAACAGACGUCUGCAUCUGGUAGUUUCUUUGAUCUGGUCGAUGGCCUUGUUCAGGACAUGUUCAAGCAGUGCUCUUUGUUUGCACGUAUUGCACCUCAUCUCGAGAACAGCAGUUAUCAGAGUGACGUGGAAGACAUCCUAGAACUAAGUGACAAGCGCAAUGAGUUGAUGGAACGUGUCAAUAUCGCUAGCCAAGCUGGCUGUGAAUAUCGUGACACCUUUGAAAAGUACCAUUAUCUCUGGAAGGACGAUCGCUCCGACUUCCUCUCCACCUUCCUGCAGUACGGCCGAAUUCCCACACAGGAAGAGAUUGACCAAGCUGGUGAUGAAGGUUUGCCAGCGCAGAAGCCAACUCUUAACCAGUUCAAAGAGCAAGUGGACAAGUAUGAAAGUCUGUAUACCGAAGUGUCCAAGGAGAUGCCAAGCACUAAGUCACUGGAGAAUGGCUGGUUCAGAAUUGAUACUAGUCCGUUCAGAGCUGCACUGCUCAACAACAUCAAACAUUGGAGUUUCCUCUUCAAGCAGCAUCUUGUGGAUCAUGUGACAUGCAGCUUGAAUGAUUUGCGUGAUUUCAUGCAAGUGACUAAUGCUGGUCUUGGCGAGGAAGUGCUGGAAGGCAACUAUGAUGCACUGGUAGACUGCAUGGCACAUCUCGGUGCUGUGCGUAGGAGAAUUCCUGACACGGACAGUAUGUUUGAACCACUCAAACAUACCAUUGACUUGCUGAAAACGUACCAGCAGGAGAUGAGCGAGGAUGUUCAUCAGCUUCUAGAGGAGUUACCAGAGCAAUGGUCGAACACCAAGAAGAUUGCCUCCACUGUCAAGCAAAACGUUGCCCCGUUGCAAGCUAACGAAGUCAAUCUGCUUCGCCGCCGGUCUGCAACAUUUGAUGUGAAACAACACGAAUUCCGUGAGCAUUUCCGUUCAUCUGCGCCUCUGCGAUUCACUGAUGAAGAACCAUAUGAUCGCCUAGAUCUGUGGAAUAGCAAGAUUGAUGAGAUGGAGACGGAAAUGACUGAGAUCUGCAAUGCUGCAGGUCUCUUUGAAGUCAACCUACCUGACUUCAGACAGCUCAAGUCUUGUCGACGCGAGGUGGGUUUGUUGAAGACUCUCUGGGACCGUGUCUUCCUGGUUCAAACAUCCUUUGCCGACUGGACCAAGACACUAUGGCGUGAAGUCAAUGUGGAGCAACUUGACAUGGACAGCAAGAAGUUUGCUAAGGACAUUCGAGGCUUGGACAAGGAAAUGCGUGCAUGGGAUGUAUUCUCUGGCUUGGAUGGCAGGGUGAAGAACAUGGUGACAUCUCUACGUGCUGUGGGUGAGCUGCAGAACCCUGCUAUCCGUGAGCGUCACUGGCAGCAGUUGAUGCAGGCAACCAAGGUGAAGUUUGUCAUGUCGGAUGAAACAAAUCUCGAUGAUUUGUUGAAACUGAACCUGCACAACUUUGAAGAUGAAGUUCGUGGCAUUGUGGACAAGGCAACUAAGGAAUUGAACAUGGAGAAGAUCAUUGGCGAGAUGGAGGUUACUUGGGCGCAGAUGGAGUUUGAACACGAGAAGCACCCUCGCACUGGCUUACCCAUGCUGAAGAGCAGCGAGGAGCUCAUUGAGACUCUCGAAGAAAAUCAGGUUCAGCUACAGAACUUGAUGGUCUCCAAGUACAUAGCAUUCUUCCAGGAAGAAGUCAGUGGUUGGCAGAAGAAGUUGUCAACUUCAGACCAGGUGAUCACUAUCUGGUUUGAGGUGCAGCGCACUUGGUCACAUUUGGAGAGUAUCUUUAUUGGCUCUGAAGAUAUCCGUCGACAGCUACCCGAGCAAUCUCAGCUGUUUGACGACAUUGAUACCAACUUCAAGAAACUGAUGACUGAGGCCGAAAAAACACCCAAUGUGGUAGCUGCCUGCUGCAAGGAAGGUCUUUAUCAGCAAUUGGAUAAAAUGGAAACCCAGUUGGGCCAAUGCCAGAAAGCGCUUGAUCAGUAUCUGGAAAAGAAGAGACUUGUGUUUCCUCGCUUCUAUUUCAUCUCUUCAACGGACUUGCUGGACAUCUUGUCUAAAGGAGAUCAGCCUCUUGAG